AUUAACAUAAUACACUUUAAUAUGUAUAUGGAAUAAUAAAAUAGUUAAUUUUUUUAAUUUUAUAGUAUGUGGAUUGUUGUAUUAUUUAAAGACGAUAGCACAUUAGCUGCAGUACCAGAAUUUUGGUUCAUAAAUGGCUACUGUGCAUGGCCAAACAAAUGUAGUACCAAGUAUAUUGAACGUCGAAAACAACCAAAUGAAUUGGAAUUCAAGCAAUAUAAGGCCAAGAUUUUGUUUAAAAAUAUAGGUACUUAUUUAGAAGCUAGAAAAUUAGCAGAAGAAAAUUCAGAAGCGUCAUCUCUUGAUAAUGUAUAUGAAGAUACUCGAAAAAAAAAAUUUAAAAAUUCUAAAAAAUUAAGGAAUGAUCAAAUUUCUAGUCCACCUACUCUUCAAUCUGAUGAAUCUAUGAAUGAAAACGAAGAUGACUCUGACUUUGACAAGACAUUUAAGCCACUUAAUAUUCAAUCUCCAAAUAGCUCAACUUCUAGUCCGACUCUUAUUUCAAACACAGAAAUAGAAACUUAUAAUGUGGACAAUUCAUCAAAAUAUAAAAAAAUUAAAUUGAAUCCUAGUAGUUCUUCAAAAUCUAGCUUUACUGAAUCAUCAUCACAGUCAAAGCAACAAAUAGGAUUAAUGCCUCGUGGAAACCCAGAAGUAUCAAUAAUUAAUCAUGAAAUUAAUAAUGAUCAAUUGCAAACAUUUAUGAAAUUUACUUCACGAGCAUUAACUAAUAUGAAAUAUGAAAAUGAAGGGAUUCAAAAACGUUUGGAUAUUAUAACUACUUUGAUUGAAAAAGUUGAUGAAAAAAUAGACAGUUCUCUUUCAUUUUCAACAAACAAUAUAUUGAACACUACUGCAGAUUAACCUCUUGACAUACGGAACGAUAUGUACUUUCAACAAGAUGGUUGCCCAGCUCAUAAUGCUAAGAUUGUAAAAUCAUUCUUAAAUGACACAUUUGGUAAAAAAUGGAUUGGAACAGUUGGUCUAAUUUCCUGGCCUCCAAGGUCUCCAGAUUUAACAUGCCCAGACUUUUUCUUAUGGGGUUAUCUUAAAGAUAAAGUGUAUAAAACUGAAUCUGUAGACAUCAAUGACAUGAAAGAAAAAAUAAAAUCUGCAUGUUUUAAAUUGUCAAAAGAAACAUUAAAAAAUGCCACUGGACGAAAGUUAAUGGAACGUUUCGAAAACUGUGUACUAGAAGCUGGACAUCAAUUUGAACACCUAAUGCAAUAGGUGUCUU